GAUGGAACCGCUGUUCAGUCCGGCUCUUCAUAGACAGAGACACCAGUUUGUCAUCGACUUUGUCAAAAGGAACAAACCCCGAAAGGUCGUGGACCUGGGUUGUGCUGAGUGUACCCUCCUAGGAAAGCUCCGGUGGUUUCAACGUGAAAUUGACCUUCUUGUCGGAGUGGACAUCGACGGGACCAAAGUUAAGAAAAAGAUGCAUGCAUUAGCUCCUAUGGCAACUGACUACCUGCAGCCCAGUUAUGAACAGCUGUGCAUUGAGCUCUACCAGGGCUCAGUCACACAAAGAGAUGCACGCCUCAGAGGAUUUGAUCUGGUGACCAGUAUAGAACUCAUAGAACACCUCACUCUGGAUGAUGUGGAGUGUUUCUCUGAGGUGGUGUUUGGUUACAUGAACCCGGUGGACGUUAUCAUCAGCACCCCAAACUCUGAGUUCAACCCUUUUCUCCCCGGAUUGUCAGGUUUCAGGCACAGUGACCACAAGUUUGAGUGGACCAGAGCCGAAUUCAAGACAUGGGCUCAGACGGUGUGUUUGAAGUUUGGUUACGAGGUGGAGUUCACUGGUGUUGGAGCGGCACCACCAGGGCAGCAGGAGAGUGUUGGAUUUUGCUCUCAGAUUGGCGUGUUUCACCGGCUUGAGGGAAACAUGUUGCGCUGUGACAAUGCAGAGGAUGUAUUUGCAUACACACUGCUCUACAGUAUAAACUAUCCCAGCCUGCGUGAUAACAACCUACUGCGAAGGGUCCUGGUGUGCGAGGUCUUAUGUUGGACAGAAAAUCUGAAGAGUAGAUGGGCAAUGAAGACGACUUGUGAUGAGGCAUUGUGUGGAAUUGAAGGAGGAAAAGAGGAGUGUCUCUCAGAGCGAUGUAUGGAGGUGGAAGAGGAGCAGACAGUGUGUGGAGCAGAGAUGAGAGAGCCGAUGGGACCCUGUGAGAAAGAUUUGUCCAAGGAUCAGGAAAAUGAUUACUCCAAAUUACAGCGGUGUGAGUCUGUACCUCUGGAAGUCUUGUGGUCUCACUGUCCCAAAGUCAGUGCCCUGUGUGGAAGUCUCGAUAAUCUCAGGCGUAUACUAACAGAUGAUCCUGAUGUCAAUCUGAGCCAAGACGGCAAUGCUGUGCUCUUACAGUAUGAUGAACAAGACCUCGGGGAAAAGGAGGAGCAGGAUGAUCUGCAGGACAGUGGGUAUGCAGAGGCCAGGCAGCACUGCCUCACUGCUGAGCAAGAGGAAGACUGGGGGGCAAAUGUUUGAUCAGGAGGAUGCAGCUUGUUUUCCAGGACAAGUAGGUCAGUUCAUCAGAUUCAAGCGUAAAAAGUCCCCGUCGGACAGUCUGCACAGAGGCUUAUUUGGUCUGAAGCUCGAUGUUUUGAGUAUUAA